AUGCCUACCUUGAAUGCGGAUAUGUACAAACCCGCCCCGCGGCGGGAAAAGAAGACAAAUAUUGUCCGAACCCGAACUGGCUGCAUUACAUGCCGUGAGCGAAGAAAAAAGUGUGAUGAAAAGAAGCCUGCUUGCAGCACAUGUGAAAGACUUGGAAAGCGCUGUGAAAGGUACAAGGCGGGCUUCAAUUUUAAAAAUGUUUCCUUUGAUGCAUCGCCAAAUCCUCAACGGGGGACUCGCAGGAAUGGAGCCCGUUAUGCUCAGCAGGAGGAAUGUUCACCAGAGGCAGUCACCGCGCAGACUCCCUUGUCUCAUGAAUCAUCUCCCGUCAACUUGACGAUAUCUUCGAGGCCAAGCCCACGGGCGCCCGAGGCGACGACUUCCUCAACCCCGCUUUCGGAAUCAAUGAUAUCGCUCCCAAUAAGUCCCUUCUCGGAUAUGGGAGCUGCCGGCUUCGAGUUUACCAACACUGCUCUAGGUGAUGGGUUCGCGCUUUGGGCUGGUGACGUCGAUUAUGCUUCAUUGAAGCCGUUGGCUGAUGACGCGCAUUCGUCGCAAUUUGGCUCGGAUACACAUCUAGGGGCUCCGCUUGGCACCUCAGGAGGCGAGGAGACUUCGGCCCAGACCCCAAGGCUUGCCGACACGCCGCCACUCGUUGAACGUGGAUUGCGGAAUGAAGCUACACCAGACUGCCACGUCUCAGAAGUAAUGGAUUUGCCGGAUUUAUCGGAUUUACCUACUACAAACUCCCCCAUUACAGACCUCAUGAUCCUGGGCACCAACUUGACCACAUCCAACACGAUCCAGCCUUACCAAAUACUCAAAAGCCCAAGCCCGUUUUUACUCAGCGACAACCAAGUAGUAUACAUGGAUUUCUGGCUUCAUCAAUGCCUCCCUGCUCUCCAUCCCAUUUUCAAAGACUUUCCCAUCCUCGGAGACCUCCCUGUCGUGGUCACUGACACCAUGAUGGCCCUAUCAGCAGGGCGCCUAAGUCGAAUGCUUCCUCAAAGAAGCUCCUCGACCCUUCCCAGCCUCCUGGGGUUAUCCUUUAAGCCUGACUCUAGUCACAAGACAAGGAGCCAAAAGUAUUACUACUCCGCCAUCAAGGGUAUAUCCGACUGGGUCAAGGACAGCAACGCGUCCCAGGCGACUACUACCCUUGCGACUCUGAUUCUCUUCUGCUAUUGGGAAUCAUCGAUGGGCAACUUCCGAGACUUUUCCGUUCACUCAAGUGGUGCGACAAAGCUCAUCGAGGCUCAAGAAAGUACCUUGGUGCAGCAGGGCUUUGUCGGUUAUGGACUCAUGGCUGCUUGGGUGCGAGCUCAGAUGAACAAUUGGUGGCGACGGAUGCACUUCAGCACGGUGGAAUUCCAACGAAAGCAGGACCCAGUGUCGAUUUCCCAUAACGUCGAACUCAUCUUGGACCUUGUCGGGGACACAAAGGCUUCAGUAUUGGUCAUGCUAUGCGAGUCUCUUCGCAUAUACUCCUCCGCGGUUGUCGGUUACUGGGACUUGUUCCGCGAUCCACCCCCCACCAACGAGGAUAGCCAGCCGGGUUCACAAACGCCUACAGCCUCCUCUGCAAGCCGAGAGGGCGACGCAUGUUUAUAUCCUUAUACUCUACUCAUGAAGGCCCAAACCAGAAAGCUGAACGAUUGGCACACGAAACUGCCGUUGUCUCAGUUACCCAUCACAUCCUUUCACUCGGCGUGUCCAGCCACCUUAGAGGAUAGCAGAUUGACUGUCGAACCUUUAUACUUCCAAUCUCAUGAUUCAGCGAUGAACUACGCCUAUUACAUUACAGCACGAAUCAUUCAGAGCGCAGAUUUAUUAAAGGAUCAGAAAUCUACCACCUCGGCACAAGAAGCAGACAGAUGGGCUCUUAUACUGCUUCAGAUCGCCGCUGGAAUUGACUGGGAAGAAUGCAUCCGCCUCAACACGUUCGCAAUCGGCUUCUCCGGCCUCCUGCUAGUUUGCGCCAUGCACACCUCAAAUCCAGCCAUAAGCCUCUGGAUCCAAAACUGGUUAGAAGAGCGACAAAGAAGCAGUCACCUGGAAGAAGGCAGCUUUCCUGUUCUGCAGAUACUUCAAGUCCUACGUGCGGUCAAUCAUGAGCGAGUCAGGGGCCGAGACAUCUUUGCUGUUUUUCAGACUGUUGAUGAUGGAGGUGGCGAGGGCAAGUUUCACUCAUACCAUAGCCAGACGCUCACUUCUGUCAUGGUGUAUGGGAAGGAGAAGGAUACCGAAAACAUGGUUUCCUAUAGCAUUCCGGUCUAA